CAGUGAAGGCAUUCUAAGGGAUGGAGGGCAGGGCUUAGGGAGGGGAGGCGGUCAGAGUCCUUGAGCCUGGCCCUGGGUGUGAUUGGAGGAAAGGGCUUGAUCCUCCUGAGGGCCUCAGGGCCUGGAUAGGGUGGUGCUCUUGGGACUAGGAAGAGCCUUCCUGAGUGGGCUGGUGGGAAGCGGUAAGUCUUUGAACUGCAGUCUCUCUGCCUUCCAGAAGCCUGCUCUGUGCUUGCAGAUCCCAGAUUGAGAGAGCAUGGCCCCUGGGAUCAGCAGACCCCCAGCCCAGGAGACAGUGACAUUCAAGGAUGUGGCUGUGGACUUCACCCAGGAGGAGUGGGGCCUCUUGGACCCCCCUCAGAAGGAGCUGUACAAGGAGGUCAUGCUGGAGAAUGCCUGGAACCUGCUCUCCCUGGGGCUUCCUGUUCCCAGAGAAGAUGUGAUCUCUUAUUUUGAGCAAAGGGAAACACCAUGGAUGCUGGAGCAAGCAGGCCUGAGGCGCUGCUGUGCAGGUGAGAUAAGGCUUGAAAUAAAAGAGGCUCCUGCAAUGAUAAGCCUUUCUAUGGAAGAAACUCACCAGCAAAGAUGGAUGAAUAAUGGUCCCUCUGACUUUUCUAGGAGAGAAAUCUGUGCUGUACAUCAGAGAAACCACACUGGGAAGAAACCAUUUGAAUGUAAUCAGUGUGCAAAGACUUUCAAAUUGAGGUCCAGUCUUGUUAGACAUCAGAGAACCCACUCUGGAGAGAAACCUUAUGAAUGUGAUCAGUGUAGAAAGAGUUUCACAUGCAAGUCCUAUCUUGUUAGCCAUCAGAGAAUCCAUACUGGAGAGAAACCUUAUGAAUGUAAUCAGUGUGGUAAGACAUUCAGAAUCAAAUACAAGUUCAAGCAACAUCAGAGAAUCCACACUGGGGAGAAACCAUUUGAAUGUAAUCAGUGUGGUAAGACAUUCAGAAGGAGAUACAGGUUCACUGAACAUCAGAGUGUUCACACUGGGGAGAAACCUCAUGAAUGUAACCAGUGUGGAAAGACUUUCACAUACAAAUCCUUUCUUAUUAGACAUCAGAGAGUCCACACUGAAGAGAAAUCCUUUGAAUGUAGUCAGUGUAGAAAGACUUUCAGAUGGAGGUCCCAGCUUGUUAACCAUCAGAGAAUCCACACUGGAGAGAAACCUUUUGAAUGUAAUCAAUGUGGAAAGACUUUCACAUACAAAUCCAUUCUUAUUAGACAUCAGACAAUCCACACUGGAGAGAAACCUCAUGAAUGUAAUCAGUGUGCAAAGACUUUCAGAUGGAGGGCCUAUCUUGUUAAACAUCAGAGAAUCCACACUAAAGAGCAAUCCUUUGAAUGUAACCAAUGUGGAAAGACUUUCAGAUGCAAGUACAAUCUUGUUAACCAUCAGAGAAUCCACACUGGAGAGAAACCUUUUGAAUGUAAUCACUGUGGCAAGACUUUCACAUACAAAUCCAUUCUUAUUAGACAUCAGACAAUCCACACUGGAGAAAAACCUUUUGAAUGUAAUCACUGUGGCAAGACUUUCACAUACAAAUCCAUCCUUAUUAGACAUGAGAGAAUUCACACUAGAGAGAAACGUUUUGAAUGUAAUCAGUGUGCAAAGACUUUCACAUGGAGGUGCCUUCUUGUUAAACAUCAAAGAAUCCACACUGGAGAGAAACCUUUUGAAUGUAAUCAAUGUGGAAAGACAUUCAGAAUCAGAUACAAUCUCAUGCUACAUCAGAGAAUCCACACUAGAGAGAAACCUUAUGAAUGUAAUCAGUGUGGAAAGACUUUCAGAUGGAGGUGCCAUCUUGUUAAACAUCAGAGAAUCCACACUGGAGAGAAACCUUAUGAAUGUAAUCAGUGUGGAAAGAGUUUCAGAUGCAAGCCCAAUCUUGUUAACCAUCAGAGAAUCCACACUGGAGAGAAACCUUUUGAAUGUAAUCAGUGUGGAAAGACUUUCACAUGGAGGUGCAAUCGUGCUGAACAUCAGAGAAUCCACACUGGAGAAAAACCUUAUGAAUGUAAUCAGUGUGGGAAAAGUUUCAGAUGCAAUUCUAAUCUUAUUAACCACCAGAAAACGCACACUGUAGAGAAACCUUAUGAAUGCAAUUAGUGUGGAAAGACAUUACACAAGUUCACUGAACAUCACAGAAUCCACACUGGGGAGGAAGCUAAUGAAUGUAAUCAGUGUGCAAAUACUUUCAGAUGAAGGUUCUAUCAUAUUAGAAAACCCACAGUGGAGAGAAAUCCAUUGAAAGUAAUUCAUGUGAAAAAAUUUUCACAUCAGAGAAUCCACACUAGGGAGAAACCUUAUGAAUGUGAUCACUGUGGUAAAGUCUUCCUUGUAAAGUUAGCCCUUUUUUCUCAUCAGAGAAUUCAUAGGAAAUAGGAAUCUAAAAACUGAUAUGAAUGAGGAAAGGCCUUGA